AUGCCUCUUCUCGGAAGGAAAUUCCCGGCGCAAAUUGCCAAGCCCAUGUGGCCUUUCUACGUCUCUGGUCUUGUCAUCCUCUACGGUGUCAACUCUGCCGCAAACGCCAUGUCCCAGGCCGACGAGUACAAGAACGACCCGCGAAACCCCGCCGUCAAGAACCAGUCAGCGAACCACUAA